AUGCGCAUGUUGUCAGGUUUCAUACAAUCUGUUAACAACGCAAUUUUUUAUCCAACAUUCCCUAACAUCAGUUUUGUCUCUGUUCCAGACACAGAUCCGAUUGAAAUCACAAUUUCAGUAGUGACUGUUGACGGAAGAACAAAAUUAUCAUUAAUAGACACCAUGAACAUGUCUCACGAUGUCACGAAGAGGAAAAUUUUUAAUGCUUAUUACGAUGAAAGACGUUUUAUCAAAGUGACGCAUCUUCAACGGAAAUGGUUGUGGAAAGAAAGAAAGCCAGUGUUCCAGUUCCAAGACAAGCUGGUUAGAACAACUGAUACGUCGAAUCAUAUCUUUGUCGAAGAGAUGACCGUGUUGACAGAACAAAUAUUUUAUUCUGAUGGGGCUCAAAAUGUUGCAGUGAAAAGGAUUCAGGAUCACAUAAUAGUUUGGUUGGUACCAAGCGAUCAAGAAACAACAAAUUCAAGGUUCUGCGUCUUUCAAGCAAUAUUAAAUGAAGAAAAAACCCGCUUUAAAAUGGUUGCAUAUCCAUCUAGACAAGACUGUGAGUUAGCUUUAUACAAUCUAACCACAUAUCUUUCAAAAGACAAUAAUAUGGCCGAAAGUAGAAACUUCAGUAAGAACACAUAUUUCAAUGAAAUUAUUUUGAGUAGGUUAUAUCCGUCCCAACAAGCGAAUAGUCGCUAA